CUCAAGUAUUGUAGAAGAUAAUGAGAGAUCUUCUUUUGGAAGGUUCAGAAGAAAAUACUCUAAUAUAUGAAACCGAACUUUUAGUAGGCAUAUUUGAUUCAAAAGCUUGCUGUAAACACCAUCUUCUUGUCGGUCUUUGUGUAACUGUAUAUUUGACUGCAGCGACGCUUCUUCCGUUGAGUUUAAAAUUUUUGUACUCUAGUUUUAACUACCCUGUCUUUUUGACUUACGUGCAGCUCACCUUUUCUUGGGUCUUUAUAUUGUUAAUCCUUUUUAUAAAAUUCGCAACAAAGUUUUUUCGGCAGAAAAUAAAAAAAAUUGAUUGGACAGGCUGGCUUUUUGAUCGUUGGCUGCUAUAUAAAUUGAAAAAAACUUCUUUGGUCGGUUUUCUUUUUGGUCUUAGGUUUAUCUUAGCUAAUGUUGGCUUGUCAUUAGUUGAUCCAGACGUGCAUUUUCUUCUCCAGUCUUCUGGUAUGUUUUGGGCGAUGUUGUUUUCCGCAAUCUUAAAUAACGAAAAACCAGAUUUAUACGAAUUAUUUUGUUGCUUGUUUACUGUAAUUGGUUCUGCGAUGAUUUCUUUGAAUUUUAUGUUUAAAGAAAACAGAAUUAUUGGGUUAUUAAUAAAUUUAGUUUCUGCUGUGGUGGAAGGUUUGACAGUGGUCACUUUGCGAGCAGCCGCUCUAAAACUGGUUGUUACUGAUAAAAAAGAUCUUAAAUUACGCCCAUCAGAAUUCACAGCGCUUAAACUUUUUGUUUCCUCGUUGGUUGUUUUGCCUUUUUUUCUUCUACUGGACGCCUCGCCUGAGUUUCUUUACGAAUCUUUUCUAAGCCGUCAUCAAACUUAUCUUGUAACUGCUCUGCGAAAUUUGAAUCUUCUUGAAUGGACUUUGAUUAUAACUGCAUCGUUCUUAACGUUUAUAUUCCAGUUCAACUUUACUUGCUUUGCUAGUUUGUGCGAUUCAGUUACUUUGAGCCUCGUUGGAGAUCUUAAAAUAUUGCCGCAAGUUUUGUUCAGCGCUCUUCUUUUUCGCAAUUUUAACUUUUCGCUACUCCAUCUUAUUGGCUGCAUCUCGGUUUGUUUGGCGAGCGUCUCGUAUGCUUUACUGAAACACACGAAGCUCUUGGCUUCUUCUUAUAAUGAAGAAUCCACCGAUAAGCAGUUGUUUAUAUCAAUAAAAGAACUGUUAACAUAG